AUGGCGGCGCGCCGCCUCGUGCUCAACGGGCUCACGGCCGAGGUGCGGCCCGCGCCCCACGGGCCCCCCGCGCCCCACGCGCCCCACGCGCCCCCCGCCGGCCCGGGCCCCGCGGGCCCCGCCACCCCGGCUGACGAGCCGGCUGAGGGCGGCGCGGGCUCCCCCGACUCGGGCGAGUUCUACCACGAGCUGGAGCUGUACCGGCAGCUGCUGGCGCUGCCCGCGCCGGCGCCGCGCCGCGCGCGCACGCCCGACCCGCAGCCGCUGUGCGACCGACAUCAGGAGCCCCCGCGACGCAGUCGCACGCCGGGCGCGCGGCCGCCGCUCGCCGCCGACGGCGCCCCCGCCGCCGCUGCCGUCGCUCGGCGCGCCAACGUGAGUGCUACCACCUAG